GUUUCUCAGAGUCAGCGCUGACAGUCGGCGUGUCCGGUAUGUUAGCACCAUCCGCUCCAGUGUUCACAGUAAAUCCCCUCAGCGAUGGGCUCAGAUAGCGCUCUGGUAGACGGUUCUGUGUUUGUUGCGGGUUCCCCACACAGGAGAACCCUGUUUUUGAGACUGUAAAGCGCCAGAAACUACAGCGCUGUUUCACUUUCACUUUCUGAAAUCUAUCAACCUGCGCCACAAUGGGCAAAAAGCGUGGAAAGGACAGAAGUCCGAGAGGAGAGAACUCCGUGGAUCUGUCAGGUGCUACAUGUACUCACAUCCGUAAAGGAAUAGAGCACAACUUGCUGAAGAAGGUCAGCCUGGACAAGACCUGGAACACCUGCCAGGCCUGCGAGGAGGAGAAACCCAGUAACGGCGACGCUCAGGCGGAGAACGAGGCCAGUCAGGAGGGGCCGGCUGUGUGGAUGUGUCUGAAAUGUGGACACAGAGGCUGCGGGAGAUUCUCGGAGAACCAACAUGCCAUCAAACACUACGAGAAGCCGCGCUCAGACACGCACUGCCUGGUGCUCAGCCUGGACAGCUGGAGUGUUUGGUGUUAUCUCUGUGAUGAUGACGUCCACUACUCCAGCACGGGGCAGCUGGCUCAGCUGGUCUCCAACAUCAAGAAGCAGGUGCUGACAGGCUCCGGCCAGAAAACCUCCACUAGAAAGGUGAAGGAGGAGAACAGCGUGUCGGAGGUCGCAGUGGAGAAAGCGUCUGAGAAGGAGCAAGAGGAUACGGCGAAGCAGGAGAAUACGGCAAAGCAGGAGAGUACGGUGAAGCAGGAGAAUACGGUGAAGCAGAAGGAGCUGAAGAAGGCCACGAAGAAGAACGGCGCCCCAAAAGAGUCCACGGGAGGGUCCGGCUGUGGAGCCGUAGCCGUGAAGGGCUUCAGUAAUCUGGGAAACACCUGCUUCUUCAACGCAGUCCUGCAGAACUUGUCUCAGACGGUGCUGCUGCGUCGGCUGCUGAGUGGAGUGAAGGAUGAGCAGAGCAGCUUGUUACUCAGACCCCCACCGUCCUCACAGCUGGAUCCUUUGCAGGUCCAGCUGCCCCGACCCGGCUCCCUCACCCUGGCGAUGUGCCAGCUGCUGAACGAGAUCCAGCAGACCCAGAAGUCCGUGGUGACGCCCAGAGAGCUCUUCACACAAGUGUGCAAGAAGGCGGCCAGGUUUAAAGGCUUCCAGCAGCAGGACAGUCAGGAGCUCCUGCGCUACCUGCUGGACGGCAUGAGAGCCGAGGAGAGCACUAGAGUAACGGCUGGAAUCCUGGAGGCGCUGAAGAGCUCUGGGAAAAGUCUGGAUGAAGAACAGAAGAAAAUAGCGAAAGAGUACGAGAGAAACGGUGGCAGCAAGAACUUCGUGGACCACGUGUUUGGCGGGGAGAUGACCAGCACUGUGAUGUGUAAGGAGUGCAAGACCGUUUCCUUGGUGACGGAGGUGUUUCUCGACCUGUCGCUGCCUGUGGCUGAUGAGGCCUACAGGAAGAAGAACCAGAAGAAGGGAGUUCAGCAGAAGAGCAGCGUCUCUGAGGACAGGGGGAAGGACGCUGCCGCUCCGCUGGCCAACGGGGAUGAAGAUAUGCCGACAGGUGCAGGCAGCAAGUAUCAGCUGAAGAAGGCCAAGAAGCAGGCCAAGAAACAGGCAAAGAAUCAGAGGCGGCAGCAGAAACAGGGAGCGAAGCUCACGCUGGACGCUUUGACCAAUCAGGACACGGGAAGCCCUUCAGAAGCUCCACCUACCACUGCAGAUGGACAGUUGGAGGCUGGCAGUGAGGGUGAAGCGGACCAGGAUAAGAGCCAGUCAGUGGCCUCUGAGCCAGCAGGGCGGGACCAAGAUGCACCUGCUGACGAGGAAGAGGAGGAGGAAGAAAGUAAAGAAGCCUCUGAAAGAGAUGCUGCGUCGACUAUCAACCGCUUCAGCGCUCUGUCAGAGGAACGAGCCGACGCCAACGUGGAGCAGGACGGAGGAGAGGAAGAGGAGGAUGAGGAGGGAGAAAUGAGCGUCCCGUUAAAUGAGGAAGACGAGUUAGCAGAUGGUGUGAAUGCACUGUCCCUGCAGGCAGCCAAUGAGGAGAGCUUGGAGGCGGGGCUGGAAGAGAAAGCAUCAGGUGACACUGUAGAGUAUGUGGUGGUGAAUCAGGAUCCAGAGCUGGCCUUCCGCACUCUGGCCAGCAGGGCGGCGCCGGACAAGCAGGAGUGCUCAGUGGAGUCGUGUCUGUACCAGUUUACAGAGGUGGAGCAUCUGACUCAGAGUAACAGUCUGCUCUGUGUGACCUGCACCAAAAGACAGGCCACGUCUAAAGCCUCGGACGGUUCUAGGAAGAACGUUUACAGAGAGGCUCUGAAGCAGAUGCUGAUCUCGGCUCCUCCUCCUGUCCUCACUCUGCACCUGAAGAGGUUUCAGCAGGUGGGCUACAGUGUGUGUAAGGUGAACAGACAUGUUCAGUUCCCUCAGGUGCUGGAUCUCGCCCCAUUCUGCUCCACCAACUGCAAGGGGGUGGAGGAGGGAGAGACUCAGGUGCUUUAUUCUCUCUAUGGAAUCGUGGAGCACAGCGGCACUAUGAGGUCCGGCCAUUACACGGCGUUCGUCAAAACUCGACCCCAAACAAACCCAGCGCUGCUUAACGGAGCCGCGUCCGCAGGUGAAACGGCGCCCCCUAAAGGAUCGUGGUUCCACAUCAGUGACAGCAGCGUUCAGCCUGUUACAGAAGCCAAGGUCCAGAGCGCUCAGGCCUACCUCCUGUUCUACGAGAGGAUCUCCUAGAGCACCGGCACAUCCGGACUCAUCGCUUCAUCACCUCUCCGCUCAGAGAUGACGCUGCUGGUUACCUUAGCCAACGCUUUUCUGCCAGAGGACGUGUUAUAAUAAAGCACUACGUCAGUAGGAAAGGAGAGAGUCAGCCUGUUAAUGAGCCUCUUGCUUUUAUGGUGAAACGGUUUCUGUUAAAUCGCGGAUGAUAAAUGACGAUUAUGACCCCUAGUUUGUGACGGUUUGGCGUUUAGAGUGGAAGAACAGGAUGAACUGUAUUGACCUUUAUGGUGUGAAAUAAGGGAUUCUUUAGUUAUUUUUAAGGAUUUUUUUGCAUAUCUGACAGUAUGGUGCACAAGUCUGACCAAACCCUGCUGAGAACAUUGGAGGUGCUUCAGUGUUAAGCAAACAAACUGACCGUUAGAAAACCUCGAACUUGCCUAAGUGAGCUAAGUAUAUUGAUUUUUAUGAAAUAUUUAAUUUGGUACAAUUUUAUAUUACAAAUGCUUAAUAAAAUAAUUACUAAUUUGA